CAAAAAAAGAUAUUGGCUACGCGUUUUAUUCUUCACCGAACACUCCUACCUCUACACGUAUAACCAUCAGGAUUCAGAUCCUAUAUAUAUAAUCACUACCGAAAGAAAAAGAAAAAAAAGGUUCAUAGAGAGAAAGAAUAAGAUGGAAGUCAAACGAAGAACCUUAGAGUCACCGAAGAUGGCAACAAAAACGGAGGGUGAGAAGAUUAUAAAGAAAGAUGAUAUGGUUAUUAAAGGACAUAUCAAAAUCGCUAAGGGUUUAAGACAAGCUAAGACGACAAGAGAUGAUCAAUCUCCUAAGAUCUCCGCAUCAUCAUCACCGUCAUCAUCAUCACCAUCAUCAUAUAUGAUGAUGAAAAUCAAGAUGGGAAAUUGUGAGUUAUCAGACAAAAACUCGAUACAAAGAUCAGAAAACAACACUAAAAAGAUGGAAAUUAAUCACGUCAAGAACAAGAUGGUACUGAUGAAUCCGAAACAUAACACAGAAGAGAUUACGGAUGUUGAUAAUAAGAUGAUGAAGAAUAAGAAGGUAUGGGACUGCGAAAGUACACUCUACGACUCAUUCGAGCUCAACUCAUUCAAACGCCAACUUGAUUCAGCCAUCUCCUCCUCAGCUAGAUCCAUGUCCAUGCCACACCUCUCUCGUACUCCUCCUCCUCCACCGUCAGAAAGGACGUGGUCUUUGACCAAGAAACAACAAUCACCGAACAAGAUCUCACGUUCUCUGGGGAAACUCGUCAAGUCAAUGUUCAGACAGAAAGAAGAGUCAAACGCAACGUUCAAGGCAGGUCACGGCCGCGGCGUAGAUAUGGACAAAUAUUUCGUAGUUUUCGACAAAACGGGCUCGCUCACGACGAUUCCCGAGUCUGGAGAGUCAACAAAGAUGGUUGGGUCAGAGAUCAACUCGCUUGUUAGGAAAACAACGUCCGAGCGAUUCCCGCGGAGUCGGCUCGUCGGUGUAUCAUGUUAUUGAUUAUAUACUUUCAUAUAAUUUUACACUAAGUAUAAUAAUAUAUAGGAGAUAUUAAUAUUAAGGUAGAGCCUCUAAAUAAAACACUAUUAUUGCUUCCAAAAAAAAACUUCUACUAAUGUACUGAUUUUUUUUCCUUACGUUGUAUGUAAAUGUAUAUCCGUUUAUUCAUUAACACAAUUAGGUGAAAAGUGACUUUCUGAUCAGAAAAGUAAUUCCCAAGGGUAAA